UGUAUAAGAACACAAAACAUCGAUGUUUGUUAGUUAGUUUGUAAUGAAACGUCUUCCGGAAGAUAUUUAUGGUGAAAAUGGAUGUGUUAUCUUUGAAACUACACUUCAGCGUUGUCCUGAUUUUUAUCAUUAUGAUGGCUAAUACGAUGGGAAUGGUUAUAAAUUGUUCAGACACUUUUACACAAAUACCGACCGGGAUUAUUGAGCCAAUAAGAUACGAUAUCAAUUUUACAAUAAAGCCACACAUAAAUGUUGUUGUGGGCACAAUGAAUGUUAUAAUUAACGUCCAUAAAGAGACAAAAUCGAUAAUCUUAAAUGCUCGUGAAAUAGAAGUAAAUUUUAGCAGUAUAGCACUUAAAUUGGCACAUAAACAAAAGCAUACAGUAAAUAAGCUAUUAAAUUAUGCGUAUUGUAAAAAUGUUGAUAUUUUAGAACUUUUGUUUAAUGAUAUUAUAUAUCCUGAGAAGCAUCUGUUACACAUGGAAUUCGUCAUUUUUUUAAAUAAAAAUGCAACUUCUUCCAAUUAUCCAUAUGUUUGGAAUAACGUUACUGGAAAGUGGUUCUUCACGAACUUAUACGCGCCGAAUACAAUAAGAGGACUGUUUCCAUGUUGGGAUCGACCAGGAAUAAAAUCAUCCUUUAUCAUCUCAAUCAAACAUCCUAGAGAAUAUGUGGCUUUGUCAAAUGCACCUAUAUUGAAGAAAUUGCUUAUAAAUCCAGAUAUGUUGAUGACAAAUUUCGCUAAAAUUCAUUUAAUAUCUACGUAUCUUUUGGCUCUUGUGGUAGUCGAUGAUAUCGUAAGUGUAUCUAGCGGGGUCAAUUAUGUAUGGAAUAAGCAGAAUGUAUCGAAAACAGUGGAGUUGGCAUCCGAGAUAAUUAAAUAUAUCACAUUAGAAAUUUUCACGAACUGGAACUUGGGAAAGUCAGUAGUUCCAUUAAUCAAUCACGUUAUACUUCCAAAUAGUCCAAUAAAAUCCAUAGGACGUUGUGGACUGAUAAUUUACAGGGAACAAGAUGUUAUAUUUGACCGAGAUUCAGAUAUGUCUGGUCGAUAUAUUGAUAUUAUAAAGUUAAUAUCAUAUGAAACAACGCGUCAAUGGUUUGAACAUUUAACCAACUCGCAUAUGUACAUCGACAUGUGGACAAACAAGAUAUUUUCGUCAUUCUACAGUCUUCAUGCUUCAUCCAAGAUUUGGGAAGAAGACAGAUUAAUGGAAUUGUUCGUAGUUCAAAAUCUACAGACUUCUUUAGAUAGCGACGUUGAUUUAGAGUUUAAUCCUAUCAUAUACAAAGAUGACAGUGCUAAUGAAAUUGAUGCACUUCUUUAUACUCGUCUACAUCACAAGAAAGGAACCGCAAUAAUUCGCAUGUUGUACCAUCUUAAUACUUCGGAAACAUUUGAAGAUAUUAUGAUCAAAUAUCUACGCUCACGCAACUAUAUAACAGAAGUAAUAAAUACGUGGUUAACGACAAAAUAUCAUCCUGACCUGUACGUCUAUCGUAAUUUUGGAGAGGAAACAGCAAUGUGUUAUGCAAUAUUUAAUAAUGAUGAAAUGAAGAUGAAUCGUUGGAAGAUACCUAUAACUUAUAUUACACAGUCAAAUCUUAUUUCUACCUAUACAUCGAAUAUUAUUUGGCUCGAGUGGCCAAAAGAGAAAAUUAUCGAUGGCAUUAAUACACAAGAUUUUAUCCUACUUAAUGUAGAACAAGUUGGAUAUUAUCGUGUUAACUAUGAUCACAGGAAUUGGUAUAGAAUUUCGUCAUUUCUACAGUUCGACAAUUUUUUACAAAUACCUGUUCUCAAUCGUGCUCAGCUCAUUAGUGAUGCGUAUUAUUUUAUGAUGAAAGGUGAUAUCAAUUCGUCUAUCUUUUUGAAUAUUAUUCAAUAUUUAAAGAGGGAGAAAGAUUUCAUAGCGUGGCAUCCUAUAUUUAACAUUUUAUCAUAUAUGUCGAAGUUCUUUGAAUAUUCAGAUAGUAAUCUUGUAAAGACAUACUUUGUGGAUAUCUUGAAUGGAGUUAUUAGAGAUGAUGAAUAUGAUUUUGAAUAUUAUGAUAAUAGAGCUAUGCCAAAAGCGUUAAGAAUGUUAGCAAUAAAAUGGGCCUGUAAACUCGGUCAUACGAGGUGCAGAGAAGCCGCUACCAAUAAAUUAGGCACAUAUUUCCAAUACCACAGACCGAAUAAAAUACCUUCAAUGUGGAAAGACUGGUUAUUUUGUACGGGGAUGAUGUUGUUAGACACAGUACUUUGGGACAAUGCUUUAAUCGAAAGUGUUCGCCACAACAAUACCGAGUUAUUAGAAUAUUUAUCUUGUAUUGAUCGUGAACAUAUUGUCCUAGAUUAUUUACAUCAUAUGCUUGAAACGAAUCUUGAAAAGCAAAUAGGAACAAAGUUAAACGACAUUUACCUUUCUGUUCUGAAAAAGCAUGUAAGAAAGGAUAGCGUGUUUAACGAUAUAUUGCAGAAUUAUGAUACUAUAAAAAGAAGAUUUUUUAAUGUACAUUAUGAUCAUGAAGAUUUUUUAAGUACUAUUAUUAUGAAUGUGUAUUCCGAAAAACAACUUGAUAAGAUACAAAAUUUUACUGAACACCAUUCUAAUUUAUUUACUCAUAUUGUUUUGACUAUGACUAACAACUUAAUUGACCACCGCAAAAAACAAAUAAAGAACAUACUAGACAAGUUUAAUAUGUUUUAAGGCUGCAAAGAAGAAAUUGCAAUAAUAAUAAAGAAAAUUAGUAUAAUGUGAACUAAUGUGUGG